CUGUAUACAUCACUAUAAAGUUUGCGGCGAGUGAAUAGUUUACUGAGAGUGAUUUGUAAAAUAUUUGUGUUCUAACUAAACAAGAAAAUGUCUGCGAGAUACGACAGAGCUAUUACCGUAUUUUCACCAGAUGGUCAUUUACUUCAAGUAGAAUAUGCACAGGAAGCCGUACGCAAAGGAUCGACAGCGGUCGGUGUCAGAGGCGCUGAUGUGGUCGUCUUAGGAGUUGAAAAGAAAUCAGUGGCAAAAUUGCAAGAAGAAAGGACUGUGAGAAAGAUCUGUCUUCUGGAUGACCAUGUCGUAAUGGCAUUUGCCGGAUUGACUGCCGAUGCAAGAAUCCUCAUCAACAGGGCCCAAAUUGAGUGUCAGUCGCAUAAGUUGACUGUUGAAGAUCCUGUAACUUUGGAAUAUAUCACUAGAUACAUAGCAGGACUUAAACAGAAGUACACUCAAAGUAAUGGUCGUCGACCUUUCGGUAUUUCUUGCCUGAUCGGGGGCUUCGAUUACGAUGGUUUCCCUCACUUGUUCCAAACUGAGCCAUCAGGUAUUUACUAUGAAUGGAAGGCUAACGCUACAGGUAGAUCAGCAAAGACUGUUAGAGAAUUCUUAGAGAAGAACUACACUGCUGAUGAAGUUGCAACAGAAAAUGGUGCUGUCAAGCUUGCCAUUCGUGCUCUACUUGAAGUGGUUCAGUCUGGACAAAAGAACCUCGAAAUAGCAGUCAUGAGGCGUGGGCAACCAAUGCAGAUGUUGGACUCUGAUACCAUCAGUUCAUACGUGUCCAUUAUAGAAAAGGAGAAGGAGGAAGAAGCAGAGAAGAAAAAACAGAAGAAGUAAUAACAUAGUAAUGUGUUACACUUUUCUAUAUAAUAACUAAUACAUGUUUUUAAGGAAAUUAAA